UGAGAGAGAAGGGAGGGGGAUGCGUCGCCAAAUACGCACGGCGUUCCUGAGACUUUUCUGCUUCUAACAGAAAAUGAAAGAUAACCCGAGGAUAGAAAUCGGAGAUAAACGUCGUAGUUGUGAAACAGCAAGAGCUGGUCCUCACUAGAACCAAGAAGAGGACUUUAGCUACAGACGUUUCUGCAGUAUAUCAACUCUCAGGCCUGUUUACCCUUCUGAAUAUAUGACAAAAGAUCGACAAGCGACCAGCACAGGAUCCAACAUUCAGCGUUAGAGACUCAUCUUAACCCUCGCUGGGCUGCAGAACUUUCAACUCCUGACUGAUUGCGAUUCCCCAUCAUGCCACUGAUUGUGUUUCCCACCUCCCAGCUUCUAUGGGUGCGUGUAGCUGCCCUGCUGUUCAGCUGCGUGGCGUUCAGUGUCACAGCACACGGAGCUGGAGUGCCCCACUGGGCCAUGAGUGACUGGUGCAUCUUCUGCUGGGCGUUCAGCUUUGCCUGCACCUUACUCGUGCUGCUGGUGGAGCAGUUCGGCCUUCAGGCCCGAACCCCAGUGUCCUGGACCAAUUUCCCCAUCACUAUCGCCUGCUACGCCGCCCUCUUCUGCCUCUCUGCCUCUGUCAUCUUCCCACUUUAUUUCAUUAGGGACCAUAAUCUCUAUGGCGAAAUGCGCAGCUAUCGCAUCACCGCCACCGUCUUCUCCUGCCUGGCAACCAUAGCCUACAUGGGGGAGGUGACCCUGUCUAAAGCCAGGCCGGGAGAGGUGGCAGGUUACAUGGCUACAGCUCCAGGCCUGUUGAAGGUGUGCCAGACCUUUGUGGCCUGUAUUAUCUUCAUCCUGGUCAGCAAGCCUGUGUCGUAUAACGAGCAUGCAGCGCUGGAGUGGUGCAUGGCCGUGUACUGCAUCUGUUUCAUCCUCUCCAUGGCUGUGGUGGUGCUGUGUGUGGGGGAAUGCACCGGCUGUCUCCCCAUCCCAUUCUCCAAGUUCCUGUCAGGUUACGGGCUCCUGGCGGUUAUCAUGUACUUGACCGCUACCAUCAUCUGGCCCGUGUUCCAGUUCAGUAAAAACUCCGGCCACAAAGGCUCCAAUGCGUCAAACCUGAUCACAGUGGCGGUGCUCACUGCCCUCAACUUCCUGCUUUACCUCGCUGACCUGGCCUAUACCGCCCGACUUGUGUUCGUCACUGUCUGAGAAGAAAAGAGACAAAGAAGGGAGACUCAUUAAGAGAUGAAGAACAGAAAAUGCUAAAAGCUUAAGCGGCCUUGCAGAAAAGUGUAGCUGAUGUUGAAUUUCUGAAAAUAGACGACAUUUACCUUUUGCUGUCUAAUUGUAAAACGCUGAAAUGAGAUGUCCCGUUGACACAAGGGAAGUAUAUGUUGGUAUACCUGCAGCAACAGUAUUUAACCCCCAAUGUGAAUUGACCUGUGCUUAAUGUGCAAACACAAGUAUGACGUGAAUUGGAUUUUACACGUGCCUCAGCUUGUAAAUGCUGUUAAAAUCAAAUAAAGUCAGCACACUGGAACGUGGUUGAACAACAGGAGAGAAGGUGUUUACUGUAUCUGAGACACAACCAGACAAAGAUUUGUUCGCCAUCCUUCUUAUUGUGUGUUGUUUAUGCUUCAUAAAAAUAUCAGUAUUAAAAUGUUUGAAAGAAAGAAAUUUGAGCAAAUAAAGCUGAUGUGAUUGUAAUUA